AUGGCAGACACUUCCACAUUAUUAGAACAGGCUAGAGCGGCGUCAUCUAGUGGUAAAUUCAAAGAAGCCGAAUCAAAAUAUCAAGAGAUAAUUUUAUCAAAAGAGAAUUCUGGACAACCAACUUCUAAGGUUUUACAAGAUCAGGAAGCUGCUAUAUUAGAAUUAGGGAAGAUAUAUCAAAAUGAAAAACAACCCGAUAAGUUAAACGAACUUCUUGCGUAUUCAAGAGCUGUAUUGGGGAAUUUUGCCAAGUCAAAGACAGCUAAGAUCGUCAAAACACUUAUCGAGUACUUUGAUAAUAUUUCUGAUGCUCUUGAGUUACAGAUACAAGCAACUAAAGACAGUAUUGAAUGGUCAAUCGAAAAUAAGUUAUCAUUUUUAAGACAAUCGUUACAAUUGAAAUUAUCUGCGUUGUUAUAUCAAAAGGGAUCAUACCAAGACGCAUUGAGAAUUAUAACGGAUUUGUUGCGAGAAUAUAAGAAAUUGGAUGAUAAGUCGUCUUUAGUCGAGGUUCAAUUAUUGGAAUCCAAAUUGUUCCACGCUUUAAGAAAUAUUCCAAAGGCAAAGGCUGCGUUAACAAGUGCAAGAACAUCAGCUAAUUCGAUAUAUUGCCCAACAUUAUUGCAAGCAGAAUUGGAUUGCCAAAGUGGUAUUUUGAAUUCAGAGGAUAAAGAUUAUAAAACUGCAUUUUCAUAUUUUUACGAAGCGUUUGAAGGCUUCAACUCUCAAGAUGAUGAUAGGGCAAUUGUUAUAUUAAAAUACAUGUUAUUAACCAAGAUUAUGUUAAAUCUUAUCGACGAUGUUAACACAAUUUUAGGUAAUAAGAAUGUUGUCAAAUAUCAAUCAAGAGAUAUUGAUGCAAUGAAGUCCAUUGCUACUGCUUAUUCUAAUAGAUCCUUGAAGGAUUUUGAAUCAUCCCUUUCUACAUACUCGCAAGAAUUAAGGUCUGAUCCAAUUAUUAAAAGUAAUUUCAAUGCUUUAUAUGAUAAUUUAUUAGAGCAAAACUUGUUGAAGAUAAUCGAAUCGUAUAGUUGUGUUGAAUUAUCUCAUAUUUCCCAAACAAUUGGCUUAAAUUUACAACAAGUUGAAGGUAAAUUAUCUCAGAUGAUUUUGGAUAAAGUUUUUUAUGGUGUCUUAGACCAAGGAAAUGGUUGGUUAAUUAUAUAUGAUGAACCAAGAAAAGAUGCGACAUAUGAAGCUUCAUUUGGUCUAGUAAACAAUUUGUCUAACAUUGUUGAUUUAUUGUAUGAAAAGGCUUCUUCAUUGAAUUAG